AUGGUUCGAGCCAAGAGUUGGACCCUGAAAAAGCACUUUGAAGGCAGUCCUACCAGUAGUAAUUUUGAAUUGAAAACAGUUGAACUUCCACCCUUAAAAAAUGGAGAGGUUCUGCUGGAAGCCUUGUUCCUCACUGUGGAUCCUUACAUGAGAGUGGCAUCGAAAAACUUGAAAGAAGGUGAUACAAUGAUGGGGCAGCAAGUGGCCAGAGUUGUGGAAAGUAAGAGCUCCACCUUUCCAACUGGAACUAUUGUUGUGGCUUCUACAGGCUGGACAAGCCACUCCAUUUCUGAUGGGAAAGAUCUGGAAAAAGUACCUGCAGGGUGGCCAGACAAGUUGCCACUGUCUUUGACUCUGGGAACAGUUGGUAUGACAGGCCUAACUGCUUACUUUGGUCUACUGGAUAUAUGUGGUGCAAAAAGUGGACAAACCGUGUUAGUUAAUGCAGCAGCAGGAGCAGUGGGCUCAGUCGUGGGGCAAAUAGCAAAAGUCAAGGGCUGCAAAGUUGUUGGAGCAGCAGGAACUGAUGAAAAAGUCGCCUAUCUUAAAAAGCUUGGAUUUGAUGUUGCCUUUAACUAUAAGACAGUAGGAUCUUUGGGAGAAGCUUUGAAGAAGGCCUCUCCUGAUGGUUAUGACUGUUAUUUUGAUAAUGUUGGUGGAGAGUUUUCAAAUGUUGUUAUUCCUCAGAUGAAGAAAUUUGGAAGAAUUGCUAUAUGUGGGGCCAUCUCUACAUAUAAUCGUACUGGUGCUCCUCCUCCAGGUCCACCCCCAGAGGUUAUUAUCUACCAGCAACUUCGCAUGGAAGGGUUCAUCGUCUCUCGCUGGCAAGGAGAGGUUCGCCAGAAAGCUCUGCAAGACUUGUUGACGUGGGUUUCCGAGGGUAAAAUCCAGUACCAGGAAUACGUCACUGAAGGAUUUGAAAACAUGCCAGCUGCGUUCAUGGGGAUGCUAAAAGGAGAUAAUACAGGGAAAACUAUUGUGAAAGUAUAAACAAAAAUGAUACAUAGGAUCUAGAGAUCACUUGAAUUAAAAUCUUUUUUAUUAGCCUCUUAGAACAAUGUUUACUGCUUUAUUAUGUAAUAAAUAGUACUUGUAAUCAAUCUGAUU